AUGGGGACACAUGUAGCUGGCCGCUGGAAACGAUGCGUAGGACUGGCCACUUUUUGGAUGCUGCUGGUGGUGGGCGGAUUGCCAGCAGUGCGAACUGCCCACCUGAGCGGUACCUUUGAGGUGGAUGAAUUUUUCCGCUUCCUGCACAAAUUUGGCUUCCAAAAGACGGAAAAGCACUCCCAGAAGGAUACGGAAUGGGACACGUUCGGGUACAUUUAUGGGAAUAUAACGGCGCGGGUGAAUUUAACCGUUCCGGUUACGUUGGCGGUGCUAGAUAAGCGCAGCUUUCUCGAGUACUACGCAAAUAGGAACGAUUACGACCGAGAUGUCGCCUGCCAGCGGAUGUUCGAGAAGCUGGAUAAGAUUGUUUAUAGUCGGGCAUGCAAUCCUCACGCGGAGGCCGACUACCUGAGGCGGAUACCGUGCGAGAAAGGGAAGCUGUGCGUGGACGAGGACACGCGGGAAAACGUCGUCCCGGGCAGUCAGUUCACGUUCGUGAUUAGUGAUCCGAAUGUGCCAAGGUUCUGGUACGUGUCAAUGGUGGCCUGCUAUCAGAAUGUAUCGACCUGCCAGUGGCAUCAUUACGAUUAUCGUAAAUUCCACACGGAACCACCAUCGAUCGAUUACGAUAUUACGCUCGUGAACGGAAACCCGAACCGGCAGACGCUUUCCUUCUUUAAUCCGUUGCUGUUUCACUUUUCUUUCGAUCGGCAAAAUACGCUCGAGAUGUAUUUGAUAUUUUUCGUCGUGUAUCUGCUGAUGGUACCGUUGCAAAUUUAUGCCGUACGGCUACAGAAACAUCCCGUCACACGGCUGUUUACCGUGAGUUUGGUGCUGGAGUUUGUGAGCGUUUGUUUGCUGCUUACGCACACAAUCCGGUAUGCGAUGAACGGCGAGGGCAACGAAAAGUUGGCCAUUAUGGGGGACAUAUUUGAUAUAUUUAGCAGAACCUCAUUUAUGCUCAUACUGUUGCUGCUCGCAAAGGGAUGGGCCGUAACACGGUUACAGAUCAGCGUUAGCAGCUGGAUUCUACUCAUGGUGAUAUGGAUUCCGUACUGUGCCAUACACGUGCUGCUGUACAUAUGGAACAGGACGGAAGUGGAUAUUAUCUCCGAUAUCGAUGAGUAUCAGACGUGGCCCGGUUGGCUAGUGCUUGCCUGCCGGUCCACGAUGAUGCUCUGGUUCCUGUGGGAACUACGCACCACGAUGAAGUACGAACAUUCGUCGCAGAAGCUGGACUUUCUGCUACACUUCGGUGCUUCGAGCCUUGUUUGGUUCAUUUACCUGCCGAUCGUGGCCAUCAUUGCUGUGAAUGUUAGUCCGCUGUGGCGGUAUAAGCUUUUACUAGGUAUAACAAAUUCUGCCGACUGUUUGGCGUAUUGUGUGAUGAUGGGUUUGCUGUGGCCUAAUCGUGCCGGUCAGUACUUGCUGCUGACGGGCACCAACUUUGGAGGUAUGGACGAGCUGGAUGAGUUCAAUGAGGCACCGCACAUAGUUCACCGAGACUCCGACACGCUACACAGUAGCAACGGUGAUCUGGCGGUGGAUGAUUAUCUGGACAACGAGGACGAUGAGAUCGAAACGCUUGUGCUCAGUACGGAUGAUCUGCUCCACACGGGCAACUCGUACUCCGUGUCCGGUAGUAGUGGAUCUGGUGGUGCUGGUGGCAGCAAACCUCUCACACUGCAUAACGGUAGCGCCAUGAACGGUAAAGGUGGACGAUCGUUCGACUAGGUCCAGUAUUCUGGUGGUGGUGGUGGUGGUGCUAAACGAAAGCAGAAAAACUCUUAACCAGCUGAAACAGUCCUCAAGCACACAGAACACACCGAUUUAAAACGUAAACGACGAAUCUUUAGAACGAAUUUAAUUCCCUCAACUU